AUGACAGUCCCAGAAAGUUUCCCAUUUGGGGAACCUGAGGAAGGUCUUACUUUCGAGAAGCUUCCGGCUCGGAUACAAAAAUUUGCCAAAAUGUCAGCGGAUGGCAAAAAUGCAUUCUUGGUCGUUGAACCGCGCGGUACAGAUGAAUUGAUUGGAUAUGGAGGGUACAACACUUCUGAAUCUGUCGACCCGCCCGAGUUCCUUGACCAAACAACACUACAGGGAAGCAAGGCGUACAUGACGGACAUCGGCAUCAUAAUCGAUCACAAACACUGGCGCAAGGGCUAUGGCCUGGAGUUGAUCAGCGUCCUCAUCGAGUACGCCAAAAACGAGCUUGGAUGUCAAGUUUUCAGAGACGGGCGAUGA